AUGACAUUGCCGAGCGGUAUUUGGGGGUUUGGAGAAUUGACCGAGUUUGUCAUGGGCAUGUUCGUAGAGAUAUAUGACCCUACAAUCGAAGACGCAUACCAAAGACAAAUGGUGUUGGACGGGCAGAUGUGCUUCGUGGAAGUCAUUGACACUGCCGGACAGGCUGACAGAAAGCAUGAUCGAGAAGUGUCGAGGGAGGAGGGGAGGGCCAUGGCGCGAUCCUUUUCGUGCGACUUUCUGGAGACAUCGGCCAAGCUGGAGAAAACGUCGAGCGGGCAUUUGCUCAUGUCAUCCGCGUAUGUCGGAGCACCCAACCGAAAGCCGCGUACGAAGAAAGCCGCACGAAGAAAAAUAAAUGUAUCAUAUGCUAGUCGCUAG